AUGCGGAUGCGCACCCCCAGCACCGCCUUGAUCUGGUUGAUCACUGCGCCGCCGCGCCCGAUCACCACCCCCACCCGGUCCUCCGGCACGGCCAUGACCAGGCUGGUGGUCCCCACUCCCGCCGCCGCCGCCGCGGCAGCGUGGGGCAGGAAGGCCCCCGCCCCGCCGCCCGGUGGCGGCGCGGCGCCGCCCCAGGCCUCCGCCGGUGCCGCGGCGGGCGGACCGAAGCCGAGGCUGACGUCGGUGAGCAGCGGGUAG